CUGGACCGACCAGAUGCUUUCUGGCGUGGGACCUGGAGCUACCAGCAGCGCUCGUGGGACAGGAGCGGGAUCGCAGCGUAGGUCUUGGCCUCUGCCCUGUGACAGCUCCGGACCGGAGGGUGCAGGCGAGCUGCCAGGGUUAGGGGCCAUAGCAGAGGGGAAGAAGAACAGGACCUCAGAUCCUCUCAUCACCCAGGCAGCAGGCAUGGGCUGCACCUAGAUUCUAACUUCAGCUGGCCCUGGUGGCCCACAUGGGCAUAAGGUCUAUUUUUAGCUCUGCCACAGAAGCCCAGCCACCAGGCGACAGGGGUAACCAGGGUUUCUCAAAGGCUGUUGGGGCAGAGGCACGAGUGGGAGAGACCAGCCUUCUUGCUUCCUUCCACAUCAUCCUUGGCCACUCCCCAGCCACCCCCAGGAGCCCAGACUAGUUCUCCGUGGUCUGGCAGACAGCCUGACUCUGGGUCAAGGGCAAGGUCAGUGGGUGCAGCCACGAGGGCAGAUGGGCACGGUCCUGUGGUCUGGGCAAGGGUUGCAUCAGUCCAGGCAGUGGUCCAGGGCAGAGGCCCCUGAUGAGGGGGCAAAGAGUGGCUAGGCUGUGGGAUGCUCAGAAAGCCAGGGCCGCCCACAAGGCCAGUCCCACAGGUGGCCAACAGCACUGUUUGGACUUAGGCAGGGAGCCUGCCUUCAAUGGGUCUCAGUCUCCCCUUCCACGCAGCGAGAGUGCCGGACCAGAGCGCUGACUCUCAGAUCCUUUCUCCUGCUCUGGGGUCCCCCACCUUCCCUGUUUGCUACGGAGGUUCCUAACGUCCUUCUAGCCCCGCCUGUGGGUGGCCACAUGCCCCUGUGGAGAACAAAGUCCUUUUGGCUGGCUCUGUCAGUUUCCUGGCUCCUCCUCAUUCUCCUGGGAGUCUUCCCCCUUCGCCUGGCAGUGCCACCGGGCCCUCCACCAGGGCGCUCCCGAGGCUGGCCCCACUGGCUAGAUGCUGCCUUCCUACAGAGUUUCUCCCAGUCUGAGACACUCCCAGAAGAUGCUACACAGCUUCCUCGAGCUCCCCAGGGGAGCAGCUGCACCUGGGGAGCCUGCUUUGACACCUCCAAAUGUAAGGGAAAUGUCCUCAAGAUCUUCGCGCACUCCCCUGCUGGUACAACCACUGAGGCUCACCGCAGGAUCCUGGACUCCUUGGAAGGCUCCCGAUACUAUGCACUUAGCCCAGCAGAAGCUUGCCUCCAUCUCUUCCUCCCCAGCCAGGACCAGACAUGCGGGCCCCUGCCUCCUCACUGGAAUGGAGGCCGGAACCAUCUGGUCCUCAGUCUGUACCCAGCCCCCUGCACCAGGCUGGGACAGGCGAUGGUAGCUGAGGCUACCCCCUCCUUGGACAUCUUCCGACCAGGUUUUGAUAUAGCGCUCCCAUAUCUUCCUGAAGCUCACCCAUUGCAAGGUGGAGCUCCUGGGCAGUUGCAGCAGCACAGUCCCCGGCCCGGCGCCACCUUACUGGCCGUGGCAGAGGAGAAGGGCAGGUGGCGAACCACGGACACCCAUGCCUCAACCUGCCCUUGGGGCAAGCACUGUGAGCAAGACCCUGGACCCCAUCAGACCCACCCAGGAGAAACCCUACCCAACGCCACCUUCUGCCUCAUUCCUGGCCACCGAUCUGCCGCCUCCUGCUUCCUCCAAGCCCUUCAGGCCGGCUGUAUCCCUGUGCUCCUCAGCCCACGCUGGGAGCUGCCUUUCUCUGAAGUCAUCGACUGGACCAAGGCAGUCAUCAUUGCUGAUGAGAGGCUCCCGUUACAGGUCCUGGCUGCCCUCCGUGACAUGCUCCCUUCAAAGAUUCUCUCCCUGCGCCAGCAGACCCAGUUUCUGUGGACAACUUACUUCUCCUCAGUGGAAAAGGUCAUACACACCACACUGGAGAUCGUUCAGGACCGGAUCUGGGGUACAUCCGCUCACUCCUCACUGAUGUGGAAUAGCCCCCCGGGGGCACUCCUGGCUCUCCCAUCUUUUUCCACUAGCUUGAAGGAUUUCCCCUUCUAUCACCUGCAACAGGGCUCCAGCCCGGAGAGCAGUUUCAGCGCCCUGAUCUGGGUGGGGGUCUCCGGCGAGCCCCUGCUGAAGCUUAUCCAGGUGGUGGCAGGUUCCCGGUACUGUGCCCAGAUCCUGAUCCUCUGGAGCAGUGAGAAGCCACCCCCUGACAGGUGGCCGGAGACAACGGUGCCCUUGACAGUCAUUGAGGGGCGCAGGAAGGCCAGUGACCGAUUCUUCCCGUACAGCGACAUCAGCACCAAUGCCAUCCUUAGCCUUGAUGCCCACAGCAGUCUUUCUACCAGUGAGGUGGACUUUGCCUUUGUGGUGUGGCAGAGCUUUCCCGAGAGGAUGGUGGGCUUUCUGACACGGAACCACUUCUGGGAUGAGGCCAGCGGCGCCUGGAGCUGCAGUGCUGAGGUAGCCAAUGAAUUCUCCAUGGUCCUCACUACAGCCGCCUUCUACCACAGGUAUUACCACACCCUCUUCACCUACUCCCUGCCUAAGGCCCUGAGGACCAUGGCAGAUGACACGCCCACCUGCGUGGACAUCCUGAUGAACUUCCUGGUAGCAACUGUCACUAAGCUGCCCCCUAUCAAGGUGCCUUACGGCAGGCAGCUCCGCGAGGCUGUUCCCCUGGCCGCUGAGGGACCUGGACCCACGCCAGAGCUUCAGCCUCUGGCUCAGGACUGCUUCAGCAGGGUGGCAGCAGGGUUCGGCCACAUGCCUCUAGUGGCCUCUCGAGUGCGUCUGGACCCGGUGCUGUUCAAAGACCCGGUGUCGGUGCAACGCAAGAAGUACCGCAGUCUAGAGAAGCCCUAGGUAAAGCGCGGCGCUGCCUGCUGGACGGGAGAGAACCGAUCAAACUGGUAAAGUCACGUCCUGGUUGGCCAAUCACGACAGGGUGCCCUGAAGGGCGGGAUCUCCCCCUGGCUGUGGCGGGACUGCGUUUGGCACAGGCCAGAGCACAGACUGAUCCUGAAAUACCUUUCUCUGCAUCUCUGCCCGAUCCAUUCGUGACCCGCAUGCCCACUCACCUCCGUGGUGUGGUGCAAAGUCCUCGCACGACUCAACGCUGAGUGCUGGAUUGUACCGCCGGCUCUAGGCCGGGCCUGGGAACUCGGGAGAGCGGAUCCUACUCUCCUCUUUGGUCUGGCAGGUGCGUCGUAAAUAUUUGAUCUAUAGCUACAAGGCUACAAGAGUAUAUUACCUGGAUGCCAGCGUGGCAGAACAUGGGCAGUGUGCACGAGACAAAACUCCAUCCCCUGCCGUGGAGUUCCUAGUUCACGAAGAAAGCAAACAUCCGCAGACACAAAGGUUGCUAGGCUCAAUCAAGGGUGAACACAGAUGCCAGGAGUGGGAGAUAACUGGAGAUAGCCAGAUUAGCACCACUGCACUACCAACAUUGGCCACUAGAGGUCAGCUGUCGCACUGUUCUCCCAUCAAAGGACUGGAGUUUAGCUUUGCUUUCUUGAAAUUUCUUCCCCCUGUUUUUCGUUUUUCUAGACAGGGUUUCUCAGUGUAAUCCUGACUAUCCUGGAACUCAUUCUGUAGACCAGACUGGCCUUGAACUCACAGAGAUUCACCUGCUUCUGCUUUCCAGAGUGCUGGGAUUAAAGGCAUGCACCACCACCGCCUGACUUUCUUGGUUUUGUUUUGUUUUUUGUUUGUUUGUUUGUUUUUGUUUUGUCUUUUUGAGGAUGGGCGUGAGCAAGUGAAACAAAGUCUGACUCUGUAGCCCAGACUUAACUGCCACAGCUUCCCCAAGUGUGACUUACAGGUGUGAGCCGCAAUGGAGUUCAAGACUAUGGAUAAAAGGGCGGGUUGAGCGGAAGUAGAGGGCCCUGGUGUGGCAGCCUCCAGUUUGAAAACUCAGGAGGAAUGGACAGAAACCCACCGUGGCCUGCACACUUGGGGCCUGGGCAGUUCGCAGGUGGCUGGUUGAGAGCGAGCUGUCCUCAGCGUCCUGUAGGUGAGAAUGGAGUGGGGGGAAGGGACGCUGUUUUUCCUGGGUUCAUCCACCUGGAACUGGAAUUAUCGCUUCCGAAAUAAAGCACAUGUCUUUGCCCACUCA